GUCAGUGCAGCCAGCAAGGCCUCUGUGUGUCUGCGGGCAGAGGGGACCUUUUAUUGUGACUUGUAAUCAUACCUAGCAGUGUGAGAACUGUGUAUUAAUGUUAUUAUCUGGUAGACGCUGACAGCAUGCUGCCCCAGUGUUUGUGGAGAGCCCUUGUGUGCAGACACAGGCUCUUAGGAUCCAAGUUACCAUUCAUUGAGCUGGCCCAUCACAAGGCUACUAUAGGCAGCCUGGCAGGGCUGGGGUCACAACAUGGAAGAUCCCUGGCUAUUCCUAAGGCCUAUGUCCUAGUCUCUGCAAAGCAAAAUCUGUGCACAAGCAGGUGCUGGCUGCAGGUAAGGGAACCGAAGAGCCACAACAAACCAGUGUCUUUACAAACCAGGAGUGAGGGGGUAUCACCACAAACAACUACUCAAAAAGUAAAAGAAGCUGGCAGAGACUUCACCUAUUUUAUUGUGGUACUGAUUGGGAUCGGAGUUACUGGCGGUCUGUUCUAUGUUGUAUUUAAAGAACUGUUCUCCUCUUCAAGUCCCAGUAAGAUUUAUGGAGAUGCUUUGGAAAGGUGCCGAUCUCAUCCUGAGGUUAUUGGAGUGUUUGGUGAGCCCAUCAAGGGUUAUGGAGAAACCACAAGACGAGGAAGAAGACAACACGUUAGUCACAUAGAGUAUGUAAAAGAUGGACUAAAAUGUAUGCGGUUAAAGUUCUAUAUUCAAGGCUCGGAAGCAAGAAAGCAAGGAACAGUGCAUUUGGAGGUCAAAGAAAAUCCAGAAAAUGGAAAAUAUGAAUUUCAAUACAUUUUUGUUGAAAUUGAUACAUAUCCAAGAAGAACAAUUGUCAUAGAAGAUAACAGACGCUUACCUUUAUUAGAAUGAUUUGAAACUUUGUCAAGAUUUUCUUUUUUAUAUUUGUAUCUGUAUUCAGAAAAAGAAAUUACUGCAAUCAUGUGCCAUAAUUGUAUUAUGUUUUACUGUGUAUAAUUUGUUGUGAUGUAGUGUUAUUUACUUACUACUUUUCAACAAGAUGAACUAAAAGCGAACUAUUAAAAUCCAUGCGCAUUAUAAUCAAAGUGAUUUAACUGUUUGAAUUCAUUUGGAUUAGAACACUAUGAAUCCUGAUCUGUGCCUUAAACUCCAUUUAUAAAUGUGCAAAAAGAAAAUGUAAUUUCUAUUCUGUUUUUUGAAUUCCUAUUUUUUUUUUUCAUGAGAUCAUGGCAUAUAAUAACUGGUUCUUUUUUCGUAAAUGUAUUAGCAGGGAUAUGUUGCAAAUCAAUUUGUAUGUCAGUCAGUUAAGUAUUUAUCUGCUAAUUAAACAGCAAAUUUCCUAUCGGACAGGCAAUUAUUCCACAGUUACCAUAAAUAAAAAUAAUAGUGUACAAAAACCAUUGGACUUCAUUUAAAAAAAAAAAAAACUGGAAUUUCCCAGGAAAUUACAAAUUUUAGGUUAAAAUUUAAAAAUGUCUCAGUCUGGCUAUCUGUGCAUAAAAAAAUAUUUCCUUAUCAA